AUGGCUAAAACUGGGUUCCUCUUGGCAGAUCAAAUGGGCCUGGAGCACCAACUUCAUAUCCACCGCAAGCUGCUGCCACAGCAGGCCAAUGCUACUAUAGCAUUGUGGUGGAGGAGAGCGCUGGCAAAGUCUGAAGAGGGCUUGGGUAUAGAGGGGGGAGGCCACAGCCCUCAGAAGGAGAAAAGGAAGGUUUUGGUAAAAAAGCCUCUUUCUAGGAAGAAGCCUCUUCAAGAGGCGAGAGAACCCCGCCUUUCUGCGCUGUCAUGCUGCGGCGGCAAAGCUGGCCAGAGCUUCGAGGGCGGCAGAGCCGGGAAGCAGCCACGCUUCCCUGUACCCUCAUUUGAGGCAAGUGCUCUGCUCCUGUGCUGCCGCAGUAGGCACGGCUGUCGUGCAGCAGCCGGAGCGCUGCGGCUACAGCAGCGUGGCGCAGGGCCCUGGCUUUCCAUCAGCAAAAAUACGAGUCGUACCUGUCGGUUAGCACAAGUGGUUUUGAGCUUGAGGAAGAUCUGUAAAAGAGGGAAGAACUUCUCUCUUCUAUUUCAUUUUGAAAACAGAGGAGAUGAAGCCAUAAAUUUAAAGAGCAAUCAGAAGGAAAGCACAACUCUUCCUGCACUGCUGAAGGUUUGCCAAAAUGAGGAGAGGAACCAUUCCACAGUAGAACUUAGCAAUUCUGAAAUCCAAGAGGAGUUAAAAAAGGCUAAUAGCCUUCCUAGUUUGACACCUGGAACCAAAACAGCAGAUAAAGACAAGCAACCCAGAGAAGGUUUUUUUCAGUUUCUUGGAAGCUUAUUUAAUAUUGCAUCAAAAUCUUCUUUGGUAGAAUCUAAACCGUCUACCUUCCAAGAUGAACCCAACAGCUAUGAAAAGGAUUUACAGAACAGAAACACCCUUCUGGCAGAUAAGCAUCCAAAGAAUCUGAAAAUUGAAGAGCCUGUCUGUUCUACAGCUAGAAUAAAAGAGGAUUCUGUAAAUAAAGAUGACACCAUCUUAAACAACAUUGGGAAAGAUAUCUCACAGGACCUACAAGGAGGCCAGAAACGAUCUGCAGAUGUGCCAAAGCAGAUGGAAUGGAAACCAGAAGCACCUGCAGUUACCUAUGCAACUUACCGAGGUUCUGCAAGGAUUAGGCAACUACUGAAGAAUCACUCAGAGAUGGCUGAAAGAGGAGAAGAAAAUACCAAGAACAGAAAUGCUUCCUUUGUCAAAGAAAACGGAGAAAUCCAAACGACAGCGUCUUCAAAAUCAGGACACUUAUUAGAAGAAAAUGGAAAAGAUGAGGGUAAGGAUACUGAAGAUGAUGUCACAGUAAAUUCUUCUACCGUUGGAAAGGAACUGGAAAAGUCUGGUAAAGCUCCGCAUUGCUUGGGUAGCAGUAAACAUGAAAUAACUACAAAUACCUCAGCUUCAUGUACUGAUUCAUCUAGUGAAGUAGACUUAGAACAUGCACCGGCUUUAGAUACAACAAAGGUGAAAAGGACGUAUUCACUAGAUUCAUUGUUGUCACCUAGUAUGAACAGUGAGAUCCUGAUCAAUCCUGCUUCCCAGAGCACUGAUUCCUUUAUAAUGAGUCCUGCAAAUCAUUUAGUGGGAAAAGAAGUGGGAAUGCUGAGAGAAACAGAAGCUCAGCUUCAGACAGAUGAAAAUGCUACUUCUAAGAUGGAUAAAGAAAUACACUGUAGCAAAGCAUCUAAUGAGUAUGCAAAAAAAAUGCAGAAUGAUUGUUUACAGUCACCCAAAUCAAAAAGCAGGACAGUAAACGAAGAACUACAACUGAGAGAGGACGAAUAUUGCUGUAAUCAUCAAACAAAGAGUUGUUCAGAGCUAGCAUCGGAUGUCCAGACGCUUCAUUCCAGUGCUGCUGCAGUUCAACAGCAUACAGAUAGCGCAAAUAAAGAUUGCGAUCCUAGAAAAAGUGGUGCACAGAGAAUUGUGGCAGCUGUAGGAAGUGAGCAAAAUCCACAAAACUGUAUUUCUGCUGUGCAUUUACCUUUUAAUGAACAAAUACCUACUUUGCUUAGCAUGGUGUGCAAAGGAGAUAAAUGUGUAGCGAAAGGUAAUCCAACUGCUCCAGUGGCAUCUGUUAAAAAUGAUGAAGACGCAGUCAUGAACAGGGGAGCCAGUAAUGAAGAACUGAGUGAAUUAGGGAAAACAAUGCACGUACAAAGUGAUCACCAGUUAAUCCUUGUGGAUGUUGAUAAGGAUACUAGCACAGAGCAGUCUGGUUUACCUUAUCUAGAAACUGAGGAUGUGGAAGCAAUGAAGGUUUUAUCUGAGUUUGCAGUGAAAAAGCUUGACAGUGCCUCCUUUUUCAUACAUGGGCGUGAAAGUCUGAAGUCUGACUUUGAGCUGAUAGCACCUCUCUCUGUUUCUUACGAGUCAUCUUUUGAAACCGGAGACUGUUGCUCCGCCUCUAAUCUUCCUGGUUCCAAGUCUGAAAAGGAAACUACAGGGGAAAGAAAAGCCAGUUUAAAAGAUGCAAGAGAAACUCUUUCUUGCCCUGUUCUUGAAGAUGAGAAGAACAAAUCCCUUGCGCUUGUGAGCCUCUCAGGAAAUCCAGUGUCUGUCCAUGAGCUUGGUGCCAUUUCCCUUAAAACUGUUCAAAACAUUCCUACCAAGACAUCAGUUGCAUCCAGAGAAAAUAACACAGCAAAGACUGCUCCUUGCCCUUUAAUCAGCGUUGACAGGACAGAUGAUGCUAUUGCUGCUGUUUCUAAAAUGGAGAAGGCUGGUAUGUCUGAGACUGCUCUUGUUCCUUCUCAGUCUAAGGAUUGCAUCUCUGAAUUUUCCUCUCAUGUUUCUAAGCCACAAGAAAAAAUUCUGGAGGUUUCUCAUUCUGACUUGAUGUAUAGAAGGAAGCCUUUGACCAGCCAUUGCCCUUUUGUAGACAUCAUUGCUGAAUCUCCGCCUAGAUCUGAAGAUGGAGAUAUGAAUGUUUCUUCCAAAAAUGAAAACAGUAGUAAGCCUACAAUAUCACCUACUGUAUUUAUUUCUUCAUCUGACAACCAGAGAAAAGCACUUUCUGCCGCUAAUUCUGAAAAUGGCCGGUCUGCCAAAUCAUCUGCUGCUGCUGAACAGAACGGCCAGUCCAGCUACACUUUUUGUGCUGCUGAGUUGAGAAAAAUUAUCCCUGAGGACGGGAUGACCAAGAUGCUACAUUGCCGAGAGGACCUGAGAGCUACAUGCCCAGCUGUUUCUCUGGAAUCUGACUUUACCAUAGCUGAACCCGAUCACUCUAUUGCUAAAGUAGACCUGUGGGGUGUUUGCAUCCCUAGGCCUACUUCACCAUCCAAAGAAACCUGCCACCUUUCUGUUCCUGCCCUUGAAAGGUUGAGUGUUGCCCAGGGGAGUAAUAAUUCCCCUAAUCAUAGACCUGAUGAUGUAGCAGAGGAUGCAUCCACUGCACAAAAGUCUGAUUGUGUGUUGGCAAAGAAAAUACGAUCACCCAUCUGCCCUUUGAAAUCUUUGGAAGUAGUAUCUGAGCCAGUCUGUACUGAGAACGUGAGCAGAAAUACCAUGGAAGAGGUGACUCUUUAUAGUCAUGUUUCUACUAUCUCAGAAACCCCUUCUGAAGUCGGUAAUCAAGCAGCUGUUUCACUUACAGACUCAAAUAAGCUCUGUUCUGAGGAAAUAUUGAAAGAUCCUGAUAUGGAAGGGCAAGAAUAUGGUAAAUUCCAAGAUGCUGCUCUCUUGUUUAAAAAAGCUGAGGAAAUAGUGGAGUCAGUUUUACACAUUGCUAUAGAAGAAAUAAUAGCAAAACAAGCAGUUGGUGUCUGCCAGGUUUGUGGUAACAAGGAUAGUUUAAUAAAUCUGGAUAUUCUAAAUGGUCAGAAAACUGGAACUGUACAGCUGGAAGGAGAAGAAAUCCAGUCAGCUGUGCAAUCAUUAAAGCAGUUUAAUGAGAGCCAUGCAGGAAGCUCAUCUUCAUUUAAAGAAAAGGAAACAGUUGAUACAAAUAAUCAAGAUGAACAGGUUCCCUUUUACAUCCCUGAUAAAAUUGACCUUUCACUGACACUGAAAGCAAGAGAAAUAGUUGAUGAAGUUAUUAACUCAGCCAAACAAAAACUAGCAUCCAGUCAGUGGCAAGGCAGUGAGAGUAGAAAGCCUUCUGAAAAGCUUGAGCCUAACCCUAAGGCUGAAACUCCAAAGAUUUUAAACCCGGAUAUUAAGUUGUCUGCCAAAAUACAGGAAUUAACCAAAGAAACAACAGGGAAGGUGGAGACUCAGAAUGUAACUAUAAGCGCUGAAAAAGCAGAUUGUUCAGACCUUCCUUUGCUUCCAAACAGUAUGGAAAAUAGCGUACCUUGGCCAAAAAGAAGUGAAAUGAUACCAAAUAAUGUAUUUCCAUAUCAAACAAAUGGAUUUCUACCUACUGGCAAUUCAGCAAAGCCAGAAUUUGACCUUAUGAUAGCAGCAAAAGAGAGACAUACUAAAAAGGUGUAUGAAAAUAUGACUGCAACAGAGGCAUGUGGCAAAGCUAAAGUAUCAGCAACUAGUAGCAAAUCUGAUGUGUCUUUACAUUUGAUAAAUAGAGAUGCUGCUGUGGCUGAAGAGAUGUUUCUGCCAUUGUACUUAAAAGAUUCAUGCAAUAGUACAAAUAUGCCAGACUGCACAUUGCAGCCAGCUAGAAAUGUUAGUGUGUCAUCUUUUGUGCCUGAUGAAGAAGAUACCAGCAUGCAGAGUGAAUCCAAAGACCAAAGUCGUCCUCGGGGUUCUCUGGAAAGCAGUGCAGAGAAAAGUCUGUAUGAGCGCUGUGAAAGGGAGGCUGCAGAAGAAGUACCUGCAAAAGUAAGAGCAACCUUAGCAGACUUGAAGGCAGAGGAUAAAGAAGAAUUAGCAGAAGGGGCAAGUGAGAAGACAGAGGUUGAUAUUGGAUUAAAUACACAGUUCAUUGCGUCUGAAUUGCCUGUUAUUGGAAAGGACAGCGAAGGGAAAAUUUGCUUCAUCUCAGUCUUUGCUCAAAAUAAGGAGAAUCUGAAACAGAUACAAAUGAAGAAUGGAGGCAUGCAAAGAGAUGGUCAGCCUGAAGAAAAUGUUCUGGACUGCGGCAAUGACAUGGAGGAAUCAGCAAAUCUUUUGGCCUUUUCUCCACCAAUUGAACAGUGGGAAAACAGUUCUUUUGCUAUAAUAUAUGAAGCUGCUCUUCAAACUGAGAACAAAUCUGUGUCCACUGAUGAGGUGCAGACUAGCUCCCUCUGUUCUUCUGAUCUGCCACUGGAUAAUAUAGAUCAUCUUCUAAUGUGUGAAAGAGCAAAGAAUAAACAUGAGCCAGCCUAUCCUUACGAAAAGGAUAACAAAUUGAAUGAAGCAAUGGACAGACGUAGCUCGGAGGCAUUUCUGAAUGUAGAGGCUAAGCGCUAUAGAAUAUAUCCUUUUUCACUCUCUCCAAUAUAUGAAGAUGACAGCUCCCAAGAAGACCUGCUGUCCACAGAUGUGUCACCGGAAGGCCAUCCUAGCGGACUAUCUAAAGAUAACACUGACCAUUCUUCUGUGCUGUCCCUUCUCCAGUCAGUUUCUGAGCGCUUGCAGUUUACUACUCAGCUUAGUGAAGAGGAGGAGGAAGUGGAGGAGGAGGAGGAAGAAUCAUCUUAUGAAGAAAGUAUUCUUGAUGCAGAUAGAGAAGAAGAAAGUGUUUCCGGUCAGUGGACAGGGGAUUUAAAAACAGCUUCUCAAUCAAAUGACCAGAUUAGGUCUUUGUUUCCUAAACAAUCACCUCUUCUUUCAAAAGAACAGCCAGAGUCUAUGGAGCAGCCAGAACCGUUUCCAGACGCUGCUUCUCUCAGUCAAAUACGUUCUAAGCCAUUUUUGCAGCAAGUUAAUGCUGCUGUAAAGCGUACUUCUACAAGUGUGUAUUAUCAAUAUUUGCAGUCCGCCAGAAAUUGCUCCUCUGAGAAGGGAACCAGAUUUGGAAGCAUUCUGCAGGAUAUAUUGCAGCCGAAGAGUCGUUGGUCCCAAGAUUAUGCCUUGCCAAAAUUGGGAGAGUUGUCAGCGAACUUCAUUGACAGGGCAAAUCUCAAAUACAAUCCAAGGCCAGGAAAGAUUAUUAUUUACGACAUUCAUGGCGACAAAAGUAAACAAGAAAUUCAUUCUGAUGUGCUAGAUACCACAUCCUGGAUCUUUCCAAUUGGAGCAUUACUUAGGGUAAUUAGAGGAUGCUGGAUAUUUUAUGAGAAACCAAAGUUCCAGGGUCGGAAAUAUGUACUAGAAGAAGGAGAAACUGUCCUCGAUCACCUUUGGGAUCUUCCAGGCAUGAAACAUCGUCGAAGAAACCUAAUAAUUGGUUCAAUCAAACAUGUAACAAAGGACUGCAGCGUUCCAGAGGUAGAGUUCUGCCUGGGAGCCGGCCCAGAGGGAUUUCCCAUCUGCAUACAGAAUGCAGUUGCCAAUUUAGAAGAACUGGAUGUUGAAAAAAACCCUUAUAUAAGUGUCAAAUCAGGAGUAUGGCUUGCUUAUUCAGACCUUAAUUACAAGGGAGAGAUGAAGAUUUUGGAAGAAGGCAAUUCACCAUCUGAAAUUCCUUCAGCAGAUGUGAAAUCCUUGCGUCCCUUAAAAAUGGGUGGACUAAAGGUACAAAUGCCUGUGAACGUCAAGAUAAUCAUAUAUGAGAAAACCCACUUUGGAGGAUGGUCUAAAGAGUUUUCUGAAAACAUCGAUUCUGUCCCAGCUGUGUUUGGUAACGAAGAGGAUUUUCAGGAAAUUAGAUCAAUACGUGUCAUUGGUGGAGUAUGGGUUGCCUAUGACAAGGAAUGCUACAAAGGCCAUCAGUACCUGCUUGAGGAGGGCGAUUAUGAAAACAGACGUUCGUGGGGGGGAAGUGACAGUGUCCUUUUGUCUUUCCGGUUUCUUCAGGCUGAUUUCAUAGAGUCAUCAGUGACACUUUUUCAGUCUGAUGAUGAAGAUGGGAAAGCAUUGGACAUCAUCAAUGAAGAAAUUCCUGAUUUGGAGCAGGCUGGAUUUGGCCCAGAGACAAGGUCGAUUCUUGUGAGAAGCGGAGUGUGGGUUGCCUAUCAACAGAAGUAUUUCUGUGGAAAACAAUAUGUACUGGAGAAAGGAAAAUACAAGUGUUUCCUUGAUUGGGGAGGAUCCGAUAAAAUCGUCAUGUCAAUUCGUCCGGUUAAGUUGGAACCACUUGGAACAAAUGAGCCUCCGCAUUUGCUCAAAGCUUUCAGUAAUACACAUUUCCAAGGAGCAUGUAUAGAUUUCACAGCAGAAGUUUCUGAUUUUACAUCAUUCAUACCAUGUUCUUUUAAGGUUCUUCGGGGAUGUUGGCUCCUGUAUUACCAAGGGGAAAUUACUGACAAUCAUUGUGUGCUGGAAGAAGGCCUCUACACUGACCUCACUUCCUGUGGCUGCCCCACCGCUACAAUCAAAUCCCUCAAGCCUAUUGAAUAUGUUUUUGCUGAGCCCUCCGUCAGUCUGUUUGCUCUGGAAAGCUGCGAGGGCAGAGAGCUACGCUUCGGCGAACCUGUCCGCUCUGCGCUGAACGAGGACCUUCAUUUUUACACUCAGUCCGUAUGGGUGAGAAGUGGAUUGUGGAUUGCGUAUGAAGGAUGUAAUUUUUUAGGAAAGCAGAUUCUGCUGCAGCCCAGUGAGAUUUCAAACUGGAAUGAUUACAGUGGCUGGAAAGUAAUUGGUUCCCUUCGUCCUAUAAAGCAGCCAGCCGUGUAUCUCAGAGUCAAGAACCGAGCCCAAGGUAAAUAUUUGACAGUUACUGGAAGCCUAGCAGAUAUAAGAGCAACAUCAGUGUGCGCAUCUCCAUACAACGGCAAGAAUACCCAGAUCUGGCGCUACUGUGGUGGACUCUUGAAAUCCAAGGCUAAUGAUGCCUGUCUGGAUGUCAUUGGUGGUAGAGAUGUGCCUGGGGCCAAAGUCGCACUCUGGGCAGAACAUGGGAAGGACAGGCAAAAGUGGAGACUCAAUGAGGAUGGAACCAUCAGUUCAUACCUCAGCGACCAACUCGUGCUUGAUAUUAAAGGAGGAAACUAUUAUGACAAGAAUCACAUCAUUAUGAAUCAGCCCAUAGAGGAUGACCAUUCACAAAAAUGGGACAUUGAAAUACUGUGAGUAAAACCCACCACACAGAUUUGGGAAGAUGACCUUAUGUGGGUUAUUAACAUUUGGAGAAAAAGAACUACUGAAGUCACUCACCACUGGAACCUUAAACAGCAAAUGCUCUCUGCUCUUCUUCGUGCCAAGCACUGACUCCUAAAACAACUGAAUUUUGCACAGAUCUGGAGGAGGUGAAGUUGAUCUAACGUCUUCCACAGGGACUGUACUCUGAUCUGAUUCUGUAGAGACCACUCCUAUGAAAUUCACUAUUACUGCUCAUCUGAAGUAUUAAAAGUAAAAGCAAAAGACUAGACAGAAGCUUUGCAGGAUGUGAACUGCAAGAUAAUAUGGAAAAGGUUCUUUAGAAAUGUUGUCUUUACUUUCCUCUCAAAAGCUGAUGGAAACUCACUGAAGAAUGAAUGCACUAUUGGGCUUGAAAGAGGUCGAGUUGGACUGUUUCAUGUCCCAAGUGAAACUGUUUAGGCUCCAAGAGAUCCUAAAUCUCAGAUUAUUUCUCUUGCUGAAGUACAGUUUAUUUUGUUCAUGAGGACAAUUUUGAACUGGAAUGCACAGCUCUAUGAGCAAAAAGGCACAGUAUAAAAAAAAAGGAUAACUUUUACCUCCCUACCAUUACUAGUAGAAUUGCCUUCAUGUGUUUUAACAGUACCAAAUUUCUAGAUUCAGGAACUUAUUUUGCUGACCCAUGGGCUGUUUCCAACCCAUGAAAUGAUGAGUUGUCUCUAAAGACGAGCUUUAACAUACAGUCGUAUGUGUGCAUAUCAAAAGAGGAAAAAAAAAAACUAUCCUGGAUCAGGCUACAUUUCUAUAAGGGCUAGCUGGAUUUAGAGCCGUAAUGAUUUACUCUAGCUGUAUGUUUUUUGAUGUAUAUAAAAUUAAUUUAAUGCAAUCCUUCACAAAAUAAUUCACCAUGGUAUGUAUUUUCAAAGGUGCUAACAGCCUGCAUUCCACCACUUGCUUACUAUCAAAGGUAACAAUGUACAGCAUCCUAACCUCACGCUCAUCAGCAACAUGUACAUCUUAACCUUUGCAUGAGGAGUUAGAGUAAUGAAGAUGAGAUUGUGGUAUGUUGGUGAUUUCCUCACCUUCAAUACUAUAGCAACCAUCCUACUAGCUAACCUUUGAGAGAGAGUAAAAUAUUUUAUUGGACUUUAAAUGUUGCAGGCUUAAAAAAGCCUGUUCCUCUCAACACUGACAAAUACAGAAGGAACUGGAGAAAAUCACUGGUAUCUUCAUUUGAUUUCAGUGUCACUGAUUUAGUCUACUUCAUUGACUAUGUAAUAGUGUCUUUCCUUAUCUGUAUAUUCAGGGUAUGUAUCUAUCUCUAUAAUUAUUUAAAAAGUUCAGAGUAGCUAAAGACAAAGAUACUAUUUUAGUUUCCAAAAGCUGUAACUAUUCCCCUUGUGCAUUCAGACAGGUUCAUCCUUACAAAAAUAAAAUUAAAAAAAACACCUCACGUUUGCCAUAAAAGUAAAACAUAUGGAUGUCUAUUUUUGUAUGAAAUAGAGUUCUAUACUAUUUAAAAAAAAUUACUUACUUGCACUUACUAUUUUGCAUUCUGAAAUUACUGAUGUUAAGUAACAUCUUCAAAUGUAUAUAUUUUUCCAAAUAAAGCACCUGUUUAGCUCUUUAUAUGUAAGUCAGUAUGCCAAGUGUUCUACAUGUGAUUUUUUUUUUGCUUUCCAGAUGCAAUUUUAAAAGCAUGUGCAAAAGCUCCAGCUGCUUAAACCAAGAUUAAAUCUUAUUUAGUGUCCGUGUUACAUAAUGACGUACAGCACUUUUUUUUUUUGUACUAAGAGAUCUUGAAUGUAAAGUGCUAAGCAUGUAUAUUUUAAUUGUAUAAAAUUUUUUAGGAAGAAGCUUUUGCUUGUUUUUUGUUUUAAUAAACAAAUGGGUGUAGCUUCAAGAAUAUUGUUUUAGGCAGAUGUCAAGCAUGUUCCCAUACAAAAUACUUUUUGCUUUCUUUCAAACAGACAAAAAAGGGGGAUAGGUGUAUUAAAUGAAUAUUCAAUGCUAACAGACGAGGAUAGUCAACUCAGAUGUUCAAGUAUUAAAAUAAUUGCACUACUCCCAUCAGAACAUACGCCAAUAAGCACUGAAGGUGCACACUCCUGUUACAGUUUCAAUAACUUUCACAUUUAAAUUGGUAUGGGGUGGGUUGGAGGUGAAAUACUUUUGGCACUUUAUUUUAAUUCUCUCCCUUUUAACCAGAGCUGGCAGCACCAGAAAGGGAUUUUCCCUGGGAAAAGUCUUAUUGCUUCAGGUAAGAACAUACACAGCCAUUACAGAAAUGCUAGUGUUUUCCUGGGGCAGAAAAACCACAACCAGUAUGAGGACUCACUCAUUUUGUUUAAGCCAGCAGGUGCAGGAAGGGGGGGAGGGGGAAGGCAAAAAACCCACCUCUUUUCCUGAAGUCCAGCAGCCUGCUCCUAUAUGCCUUUAGCUGACCAUCCCCCCCAAAAAAAACUAGGUGCAUAUCCAAGGGAAAGGGGGAAUACCUUGGCAUUCGUGUUAACAUGAGUGACUUUAGCUACAGCUGUGGCUCAGUGGACAAUGUCAUGUUUACCAAAAAAUGGUAUUUAGGAUUUGCAUACAAACAGUAGCCACAAUUAAGAGCAGAUAGUGAUUAGUUCAUCUUGGUGAGCUGGCUGAAUAAAGAAAAAGCUGAGGUUGUUAACCCACUUUCAGAAAGACAUGUUGAUGACUGCUCUUUAGUUCCAGUUCACCUUUCAAGACUGCUGAAAAGCAGUAGUUUUUUUUUUUUUGGGGGGGGGGGGUGGUGGUCAAGCAUAUGUUUUAAGUGAUUUCAAACAGCAGCUGAAUUUCUAAUAAGGAUGAUGGGGGAGUGGGCAACAAGAUUUAUCAUCUAUCUAUCUAAAGUGUUUGGGUAUAGUGAGGACAGUAUUCUCAUAUAAAAUCCCAAAGGACCCACUAUAUUUGAUUUAGGCUGUCUUAUCUGGGAAAGGAGAGGCCCCCCAUACCUUGUAUGGUGAUAAACUUAGUUCUAAGAGUAGUAAUAACCUGGCAAUUAAAGUUGCAUGAGCUCUGUUGCUGCUAACCUUGCUGAGUAGCUUACCUGUUCCAGACUCUCGUUUUCCUAAAGCACUAAGGAAAAAAAAAAAAAAAAAAGACCAUUUAGCACUAGAAAGUAAUAGCAAAGUAUGCAUUGCAAUGCUUUGUUAGAUACAUAGCAGUACAAACUGAAGGUUGGAUGGAAAAAAAUUUAAAACAAA